UGUUUUCCCCUAGAGUAUCUGUGCCGGGCUACAAGUGGCGAACCACGACAGCUGAUGUCUGCUUCCGAUCUGACAUAAAUAAAUUGAUGAUGAUUGUAGGCUAGAUCUUAUAGCAUAAGUCCUUGGUUAUUUUUCACUUUUCAAGAGUGACUUCCCCUCGAUCGUGGACAACCACCGCGGAUUUGGAGUUCUGAGUUUGGAGUUGAAGAAGAGCAAAACACGGGUUUCUAAUGAAUGAACAUGUUUGUGGUGGUGUUGUUGAUACGCUGAGAUGACAAGGGAGCUAACGUAGACACUCAGGACAGACAAGGAAAAGUAUAGUGUGAAUGGUUACGCCUUUGGGGCUGCCAAAACAAGAGAAGGAAAGACAUUUUUAACUUAAAAUAUAUUUCAAAAUGGUCAUUUUUGUGAUCUUAGCACACUGAUUCAUCAAACGAAUUGAUUUAGAUCUUGUCAUGCUGGUUCUUCAAAUGGAUCAGUGAAAUGACAAUCAUCGAUUCUAUACCUAGACAGUCCAGAUCUGUUAUCUUAUUCUCAGCUGCAAAAUGGAAUUACCAACAUUAUUAUCAACUGCAACCUGGCAAAAGUUUUAUGAGCAUUAUGGAAAGUUUGCUAAUAGAAGAAUUCGGAAGGACACUGGUCAGUGGAGAGAGAUGAGUCCUGCAGGUGGUGGGAUGUCCUCUCUGUUUUUGUGGGUCGGCAGAGCCCUGGCUCCACAGCUGUUUCGUUCAUCAGGGAUCUGCCAAGAAGACAUGCAGAAAAUGGAUAGUUUUGUUUUUCAGUUAGAACGAGAUUCUUUACUUGAAAUUUACAACAUGUAUAUACAUUUCAUGUCAGAAUCUUCAUGUCGUCAAAAAGCCUCUGACAGUGGCAGAGUGGUGGAUGAUGUGAAUGUUGCAUUGCCUCAGAAUGAGGACAGGCUGGGUGUGGCGGUGGAAGAGCCCAAGGAGGGGAUUACAACAUCCAAGAUGGCAGAGCUGUCCGUUGAUGAUGAGGAAGUCAAUAUGGAAGAUCAGCAAGCAUGGAAAACAAGUGCUAAUAAGAAAAGAAAAAAUAAGCUUCAAAGAAAAGACCACCAAACAAGACGGAUGGAAAUGGGUGUAAAAUUUGGUGCUGAAAGUGAGAGUCAGUCGAUGAAUGAUGUAGCAGAAUCUUCUGACAUCCUGCCAAGGGGCAGUGUUGAAGAUGUUAGAGAGGUGACCACUGAGGUGAACCUGAGAGAUCUAAAUGUUAAUGAAGAGAAGGGUACAGCACGUGGCAGUGAUGUAGAAAUGAACUCAUAUGCAGACAGUGGAGAGGAUCAUGUUACGGAAGAGGGGACUGCUGGAAUGCCACUCAAACACUCAAGCAAGAGCAAAAACUCUGAGAAUGAAAACUUAAAUGACACAUCAUCUGAUGGCAGAACAGAAGCCCCAGAAAACGAUGGAGGCGCAGCCUUGAAGACUAAGAAAAAAGGUAGAAAGUUGAAGAAAGCAAAACGGGUCAUCGUGAGAACUGCUUCACAAGGAACUUUGUCAGAGACGGUGACCGAGGAUGUAGAUGGGAACGUCCCAAUUUUGUGUGCAGCAUGCAAAAAAACCUUUUCCAGGUCGAGAGAUCUGGUGGUCCAUUGGAGAGAAACUCAUGAGGAAGAGGAGGAGGAUAAGGAAAAAACCCCCAAAGCUUUUCUGUGCAAGGAGUGUGGCAAGUCGUUCCGCGGGUUUUACAAGUUGCGGUUACACUAUAGAAUCCACACAGGGUCCCGCCCGCACAGCUGUGAAGUUUGCGGGAAAAAGUUUCGUUUGAUCAAAGGCUUGGAGGUUCAUCGGCGCAGUCAUUCCAAAGAAAAGCCAUUCAAAUGUGACCUGUGUCCCGCCAGUUUCUCUGACAACAAGGGACUUAACUGCCACAAACGCUGGCACAAGGGAGAGAAAACUCAUGUGUGUGAGAUAUGUGGACAGCAGUUUUCUAACUCUACGAAUCUUAGCGUCCACCUACGCAUGCACUCAGGGGAGAAGCCAUACAAGUGUGAGCUGUGUGAUAUGUCUUUCACGCAGCGCUCCACAAUGAAGGCACAUGUCAGGGUUCACAAGGGAGACAAACCUUACAAAUGUGAGCUGUGCGACUGGUCUUUUGUGGCUAAAACCCACUUGACCACGCACAUGCGCACCCACACCCAGGAGCGGCCCUACAAGUGCUCACAAUGCUCAUUCACGGGCCCCACUCGCCACAGCGUGCGGACACAUGAGGUGACCCACUCGGCCAGCAAGCCCUUUGCCUGCCCGCAGUGCCACAUGACGUUCAAGCGAAAGUCACACCUGCGGGCCCACUGCUUAACUCACAAGAAAUACAGUGAGCUGCAUCGCGACACGCACCACGCCAGUGUCCCCCCGGAAACCCCCCUAGACAAACAGGAGACAAGCCAUGACCCUCAAACUGUGAUUUCUGGCGAGGCAACUCCGGAGCAAAAAGUCCCGCCUGAGUCCCUCCACACAUCUGACCGCAGCAAACAGAUAGGUCGGGACCCAGUCAAAACCGUUGUUCCACAGACAAAUGUUCCGUCAAUCACAUCCUUGUUGCUUUCGAAACCACCCGAGGUAGGGCUCAGUACUCACGGUGAACAUGUGGAAACCCGUCCUGGUGGAUGGGAGCAGGAACAGGGUGAUUCCCCACAGCACCAUGGCCGUCACAAGUUUGACAAGCGCCAUCGUCAUCGUCGUCAUCAUCAUCGUCGUCAUCAUCAUCGUCGUCAGCAUCAUGAUGAUCAGGAGCAACAGCAACAGGCGGGCAGCAACGUAGAGCAGCAGCCUUAUCAGUACAGUCAGCCUCAUCAGACGCAGCAAUAUCAGCAACAACAGCUACUGCAACACCAGCAACAGCAACAUCAUCAUCAGCAGCAGCCGAGGUGGGUUCUGAAGGUACAUUACCCUCCCAAGUGCCUGUGCCUCAGAGCGACUCCCCUCCCCACCCAGUCCCACUCCCACACCCACUCCCACACCCACUCCCACUCCCACAUCCACACUCACAACCACACCCACAUCAGGGAGAGGGGUACGGCUACAGUCCAGAGCUCCUGGAACAUCCGCAUGUUCUCCCACCUCACCAGCGACGGCUCAGGGAGCUUGGAGAACUUUCUUUUCAAAACACUGAGCAGUUGUCGGAGACGGCAAACCAACUACAGUCACACCUACAACAACAUCAACAACAGCCGCUGCAGCAACAACAAUAUUCCCUGA